UGUUAGCAGGGUAGGACUCUGGAGAGAUGAGUUUCUAGGUCAUGUUGGUGAAGUUGUCUACACAGGGUGGUCAGAAUGGAAUCAUCAUAGUAUUUCAAGGGAGGUCAGAGUGGAAUCCUAGAGUAUUUCCAGCUUGGUAGAUGAGGCUAUAAUAUUCUGUAAAUAUAUCAACUGUAGUUGGAUGAAGUUUUUUUAGUUAAAUAGCUGUCAAUCUUUGUUGUUUUGGGGGACAGUCUGUGAGUCUGUUACUUCAAGGCCACACCUCUCAGAAGUCCCAAGUCCACAUUUCUUUUUUUUUUUUAAUAUUUAUUUACCUAUUUAUUCCCUUUUGUUACUCUUGUUGUUUUACUGUUGUGGUUAUUAUUGUUGUUCUUGAUGUCCUAGUUGUUGGAUAGGACAGAGAGAAAUGGAGAGAGGAAGGGAAGACAUAGAGGGGGAAGAGAAAGAUAAGAUACCUGAAGACCCUCUUCACCUCCUGUGAAGUGACUCCCAUGCAGGUGGAGAGCCAGGGGCUCAAAGCAGGAAAUUUACAGGGUCCUUGAGCUUCUCGCCAUGUGUGCUUAACCUGUUGCACUACUACCCAACUCCCUAAAGGGACAUCUUACAGCACAUCAGGGCCCUGGAGCUUUUGGUAUUUACUAAUUCUGGAACUGGUGUGCCAGAUAUAAAAACUGUUUUCCAGUAAUCCCUAGGUGUCCUGACUUUGUUUACCAAUUCCCAGUUUUACAUUUCCUGUAGGUGUAGUGCUUGCUGUCAAGCCAAGAGACCUGGCUUGUGGAGUAAUAUCACAGUCUGAAGAUACUGCUUCUUUUAAUUUUCUGGCCAGAAAAGAAAUUGAGAGAAUAGGGAGAAAUGACAGUUUCUCAGUGCUCGGUGACCUAUGAAGAUGUAACAGUGAUAUUCACUCAAGAGGAGUGGGCACUAUUAAAUUCUUCAGAGAGGAAACUCUACAGAAAUGUGAUGUGUGAAAACUUUAGAAACAUUCUGUCAAUAGGACAGUUACAAGAGGAUCAUUCCAUCAAAGAGCAGUACAACUACCAAGGAAGUAAAAGUAAUAUAGUGGAAAUCUCUGAGGCCAAAGAACAAAGUCAAAAUGGUGGGAAACCUCAAGAAUGUGAAGUAUACAACAAAGAAUUGACUUAUUCCAGUCAGCUUAAAAAACAGAGAAGAAUUCCCAUUGGAAAGAAACCUUAUCAACGUAAACAUUGUAGGAAAACAUUCAGUCAAACUGGUGAUCUUCGGCGACAUGAAUGUAAACAGUGUAGGAAAACAUUCAGUUGUUCCAGUAAACUUCAGGCACAUGAAAGAACGCACAGUGGAGAGAAGCCCUAUGAAUGUAAACAGUGUAGGAAAACAUUCAGUGAAAGCGGUACUCUUCGGAAACAUCAAAGAAUACACAGUGGAGAGAAACCCUAUGAGUGUAAACAAUGUUCUAAAACAUUCAGUCGAUGCAGUUAUCUUCGGAGACAUGAAAGAACUCACAGUGGAGAGAAACCCUAUGAAUGUAAACAGUGUAGGAAAACAUUCAGUCACUCCGGUAAUCUUCGGACACAUGAAAGAACUCACAGUGGAGAGAAGCCCUAUGAAUGUAAACACUGUAGGAAAACAUUCAAUCAAUCCGGUCAUCUUCGGACACAUGAAAGAACUCACAGUGGAGAGAAACCCUAUGAAUGUAAACACUGUAGGAAAACAUUUAGUGAUAGCAGUGCUCUUCGGAAACAUGAAAGAAUGCACACGGGAGAGAAGCCCUAUGAAUGUAAACAGUGUAGUAAAACAUUCAGUCGAUCCAGUCAUCUACGGACACAUGAAAGAACUCACAGUGGAGAGAAACCCUAUGAAUGUCAACAAUGUAGGAAAACAUUCAGUGUUUCCAGUUCUCUUCGGAUACAUGAAAGAACGCACAGUGGAGAGAAGCCCUAUGAAUGUAAAAGGAUGUGGCCUUAGAAUUGUCUCAGGAGGGAAUCAGGUGGGUUAAGUACACGUGGCACAAAGCGCUAGGACCAGCUUAAGUAUCCUGGUUCCAGACCUCAGCUCCCCACAUGCAGAGGAGUCGCUUCAAAAGCUGUGAAGCAGAUCUGCAGGUGUCUUAUCUUUUUCUCCUUCUCUCAGUCUUCCCCUCCUCUCUCCAUUUCUCUUUGUCCUAUCCAACAAUAAUGACAUCAACAACAACGAUAAUAACUACAAUAAUAAACUACAAGGGCAACAAAAGGGAAAAUAAAUAAAUAUGAAAAAAAAGAAUUGUCUCAGGAAGAGUGAUAGUAUCUGGACCAGGCAAGAAAGAGCUUACACCCAUAGGAUGUUACAAAACUAUGGGGACCUGCUCUUCUUAGGUGAGGAGGUUUCAUAAGGAAUACUACUAUACAUUCAGCUUCAUACAGAUAUUUGGAAACUUUUGCAAAAAUUCAUUCAUAUUCCAAAGUAAAGAUAGUUUUUUUUUAAAUAAAAGUAUUGUGUUGCCCUUGUUUUUUAAUUGUUGUAGUUAUUAUUAUUGUUAUUGUUGGAUAGGACAGAGGAAAUGGACAGAGGAGGUGAAUACUUA